CUCAACUCAACUCAAUCAAUAAUUUCUUCGCUGCAAAAAUCUCCCAGUUACUUCACUGAAUAUCGAAUCCGUCGAUCAAAUUUAAGCCCCAAAAUGGAGGAAGAUCCUUUUACGUCGUCGUUGUCUUCUUCGUCUUUACUUCUCAAAGACAUCUCCAAUUUCAAAACCCCAAAACGGCCGUCAAAGCCUCCCGUUUUCCACUCAACAUGUCCUCAGUACUUCACUGCUUCCAAACAGACCCCGAGGACAUCAUCGUCAUUUCGUCACCGGUCUCGACCUUCCUUUGCCCCUUCUUCUUCCUUCUCCAGACCCAAUGCCUCCUCCUCCGCCGCCGCCAAAUUCAAAGCCCUCGAGCUCCAGCAAUCUCAGUCGGCUAGGAAAGAGCAGCUCAAUAAAGAGCAGACGCUCAAGUCAUUGUCCAAAUCUCUUACCGUUUGGUUGAAUUUCCUCUUCCAGAACCCUAAGUCUUGCGGAUGUGAUCUGUCCAUCAAUGGCCGUGAUGAUAGGAAUAUUAUUCGAGUGGAUAGUGCCUUGAGAAGCCCGAAACGGAUAAGAGAGUUGUGGUGGGGAGGGAAUGAAGUGGAUGAGAACGUAGCCGUGAAUAUUUCGAGCUCGAAUUAUUCCAUUUUGAGGUCUUCGUUGAAGGAAGGUUGUAGUUUCGAUGAUUUUAAGCAGAGGAUGCAGAUUUAUUUGAGUUUGGGGAGUUGCGAUGAGAUUUUCAAAACCAUGGCUCAUGUUGUUAAGAAUAUAGAUGAAGGAAGGUUAAAAAUGAAGGCACACUGUCCAAUAGUUACUGACGUUGGAAUGAAGGAAAAUGCAUGUAAAAUUUUUAUGUCUUACAACACAAUUUGGCUCCAAAUUGGCUUGUAUAUUAUUUUUGGCGGUGAUUCCUUGUUAUCAUCUGAUGGAGAUGAUAGUUCUGUGCAAGAUAUUUCAUUUUUGAAGAUGGUUAUAGAAAAUCAAUUUUUCUCGCACCCUGGACUUGCCAAGGCUUAUGCUUAUAACAAGAAGGUUGAAGGCUUGUACAGGCCGGGAUACUAUGAAAAUUUGGGGAAUGUUAUAUUGAAGAGGAUUUUGUUGCUUGUAUUAGAUUGAGCUAAAUCUCAGACUACUCUUCCUCUUAAGUACGGUAUUGAUGGAGUGGACGGAGGUUCUCCUCUUCUAUUCACAGUUUCAUCUGGUAUAAAAUCAAGUCGUCAAGUUCUUAAUGAUUUUUUAUCAUCGGAUGUUAUGCACGGCGAAGGUAAUCUUCUCACACAUCUAGUGGUUGUAGGGUACAAAGUUUCUCAUCAGCAGUCUGCCCUUGCUGAGUUUGACUUCCAAGUAUCAGAUUUAUUCUUGGAUUUUCAAGACGGGGUGCGGCUUUGUAGAGUAAUUCAACUUUUGCGACAUGACCCCUCUAUCCUCAUGAAAAUAGUAGUUCCUUCAGACACACAAAAAAGGAAUUUGGCCAAUUGUGGUGUUGCCCUGCAAUAUUUGGAACAGGCUGGUGUCAUGCUGUGUGAUGAAGAUGGAUUGAAGAUUACAGGAGAUGAUGUUGCUGGUGGAGAUAAGGAAUUCACUCUUUCGUUGCUGUGGAAUAUAUUUGUUCACUUACAGCUGCCUCUUCUGAUUGAUAAAACAACUAUUUCUGGCGAAAUAUCCAAAAUAGGUGGCUUUAAGGAUAACUUGAAUGUAAUAUGUUCCACUUUUUUGGGAAUGCUUUUAAACUGGACCCAGGCAAUUUGUGAAAAGUAUGAUCUUAAGAUUGAAAGCUUUUCUUCACUGGUUAAUGGAAAAGCCAUAUGGUGCUUGCUUGAUCAUUACUUCCGCAGAGAAUUGUCCUGUUCUUGUUAUAACAAGGUGGAUUCUCAUUACCCAAAAGGAGAAGAAUCAAUAAUGUCUGCUACAGAUUACACAGAUGCAGUUCACAAUUUUAUGUUAUCACAGAAACUGAUAGCACUUCUGGGAAAUUUCCCUGAGGUUCUGCAAAUAAGUGACUUACUUGAGCAUAAUGGUGCAGUCAGUGAUCAGAGUGUGGUAAAUUUGCUUGUUUUCCUGUUGUCCCAGCUUGUUGUCAAGAAAAAUAUGGAUCAGUUGAAUUUCCAAAAACUAUUGGGUUGCAAUUGCCCAAACCUUGAGCGGAGGCAUUCAUUGACUCGAAGACAGUCAGCAAGUUCUCAAGCUGUUGUGCAAAAGGAAAGAGACAUGGAUAUCAAUGAAGAACAAAACUACAAGAAUUCUAUAAGACCUGCUGCUUCUGCUUCAAAUUGUUCACCAACUCAGAGCACAAGCUCUGACAUUUUAAGAGAAAAAGCUGCAAAAAUCAUACAGUCUCAUUAUAGGCGCUUGAUAGAGCGUCGCAAUUUUCUCAAGAUGAUGAAAGCAGUCUGUUUAGUCCAAGCUGUUAUGCGCGCGUGGUUGACUGUAAAGAAAAAUACAAAGCUCAACAAUUUCAAGUUUGCCAGUAUUCGGGAAUUUCCAUCUGGUAUUUGCUCUUGUAAGCAUUUUGGUUAUAUGCUUUUUUUCAUUUCCGGUUUCCCACUUCAAUUUUUUAUCUUUGCUUUGCCAGAAGAACUCAGAAGAGUUAUCAGUGUUCAUAUUGCCAAAAAACGAGAUGUAUCCCAUCGAAACCUAGUCAAAGCUGCCAUUGUAAUUCAGAAAUAUGUUCGUGGUUGGAUGGUGAGGUCACUCAACAUUCUUGGCCAUGCUCAUAUUGAGAAUGCAUCUUUUAAGAGCCAAGUGAAUGGUCUAUGUAAUAGUGAUAUAGAAGCUGCAACCAGGAUUCAGAUUGCAUGGAAGAGAUUUCUUCACAGAUCUCAAUCCAAACAAACUUUUGCUGCAACUAAAAUUCAGAGGUGUUUUCGGGGUUGGAGGCUGAGGAGGAGGUUUAUGAAGCAGAAGCAAGCAAUAACAAAAAUUCAAAGUAAUUUCAGGCGACUGAGAUGUUGGAGGGCCUUUCAGAUUGCUAGGAAGGAAUUUGUCUGUAAAUCUCUUCAAAAUCAGACAUUAGCUGCUACCAAAAUUCAGAGUCAUUUCUGUGCUUGGCUGUUAAGAAGUUAUAAAAAGAAGAAACAAGCAAUAAUAAAAAUUCAAAGUAAUAUUCGAAGACUGAAAUGCUACAGGGCCUUUCAGAUUGCAAGGAAGGAAUUUGCCUGUAGAUCUCUUCAAAAUCAAACAGCUGCUACCAAAAUUCAGAAUCAGUUCCGUGCUUGGCAGUUGAGAAGAAGUUUUAUGAAGAAGAAGCAAGCAAUAAUAAAAAUCCAAAGCAAUUUCCGACGACUGAAAUGCUAUAGGACCUUUCAGAUUGCUAGGAAGGAGUUUGCCUGUAGAUCUCUUCAAAAUCAGACAUUAGCUGCAACCGAAAUUCAGAGUUGGUUCCGUGCUUGGCAGUUGAGGAUAAGUUUUAUGAAGAAGAAGCAAGCAAUAAUAAAAAUCCAAAGUAAUUUCCGGCGGCGAAAAUGUUUGAGGGCUUCUCAACAAUAUGAAAACGCCAACAGAUCAGCUAUCAUCAUUCAAUCUUAUGUACGUGGAUGGAUAGCGAGGAGAAAAGCUUGGAGAUAUAAGUAUCUUAUUGUUAUGAUCCAAUCAUAUUGGAAAGGUUAUGUUGCUCGGAAAGAAUCGAGAGUGCUGCUAAAGGAUUUGCGCUUGAGAAUGCAGAAGUCUGCUAAGAAUGUCGACGAUAUCAAACGUAUUAUUAACAGGCUUUUAUCAGCACUUUCAGAACUACUAAGCAUGAAAAGUAUCAGUGGCAUUCUUCACCACUGUGAGACCUUAGACAUAGCAACAGCCCAUUCUCUGAAAUGCUGUGAAGAACUUGUGGCUGCGGAUGCAAUCGGCAUUCUACUAAAACAGAUUCACUCAGCCAGUCGAAGCAUCCCCGAUCAGGAGGUUCUAAAGCAUGCACUCUCAACACUCAGAAACCUUGCUCGUUAUCCGCAUUUGGCCCAAAUGUUGAUCGACAGUCCUCCAUCAGUAGAGACAAUUUUAUGGGAGAUGCUCAGGAACAAGGAAGAAGGUUACUUUAUUGCUUCCGAGAUCUUGAAGAAGAUAUGUUCAAAUCCAAAAGAUGUGAAAGCUGUACACAAGUUGCCUGCUCUUUUGAAGAGACUACACAUUCUUGCUGAAGACCUUACAAGGAAAUUAAACAUUGAGAAAAGGAAUCCUCGUACUGUUGCCUUAAAAGAGAGCACAGAUAGAAGAUUGAAGGAGGCAGUCCAACUGCUUAAACUGAUAACAAAUGGUUAUCGAAACCAUUAAUCAUCAAAUGGGUGCAUGACACGUGCAUGGUUGUUCGGAUUGUGAGAGAUGCACUCUGUAUAUAAAGCUGCAACCAGGCAAGUGUACUGUCGUUUUAUCUUGAAACUGGUAUGUGGUUAUCGAUAUAGGUGAAUGUAGGGCAUCCUGGGUAUAGGUUAGGGCAGAAAAAUGAAAAUUUAUCCGACCAU